AUGCUAGUAAAAAUAUUUAUUGAUUUUCAGCCAACGCAGUCGAUUAUUGAUGCACUUCGUUUGGCCGACCAAGUGUCGUGCCCCUACGAAAGAAGGUACAAAAAGCACAAACGGUAUCAGCAAAAAAGCCAAGCAAACUCAAUAGCAAGAUCAAUGCCAACUUUGAUCGAGGAUCAACAUUUUGCACACGUCAGCUAUAACGCGCGGGUAUCGAUUGGAGCAACAGAGUUUUUGGUUAGCGAUGAGGAGGCAGCUCGUCUCCGAGCGAUGGAAAACCGCACAGGAUCGGUUGGAGACUGUACCAAACUUGCAAGUUACCGAUCAAAUAAACCUGCAUUUUUCCGGAGGAGGUCAACCAGGCGGAGGAUCUCAAAUGCACAACGUCUUGCAGACCUAGAAGAUUUCAUUAAUACCAGAGUCCAAGCGUCAGAUGGGAACUUUUUCGAAAAAGUAACUGCUCCGAGUGAUGGUGACACUGCGAGAGAUGAUGAAUUGUACACUAUCAAAAAUUUGAGCAUCGUCGGGGACAAGAAGCAGAUUGAGGCUCUUUAUGUGGAGGCGUUGUACACUAUUACUCACAAACUGGGCCAAGGAGACGUGGAAGAGAGUCAGGAGAGUCUCUACAAAUACGUGCGUAAUGCGUUCCAAGGUGAUGCGGCUGUCCACAAUGCUCUCAUGGAAAAGGCGAAGCAAAAUAAGCCACCCAGUGUCUUACUCAACAUUCUGCUAUUGGAGGCAAAGGAUCUGAUAGCGAAAGACGUCAACGGCUUCAGCGAUCCGUUUGCAAUGAUGGGAGUUGUACCGGGCACACGAAAAGAGAACCAACCUAUGACCGACUCGGCUCAUCCGGAAAAAGAGGAACAAGAAGCAAAGUCUCCACGAGCACUUCACGGUAAGAAGGAUGGGCUGAUGCACAGGUUCGGAGGAUCUUUUCGCCGGAAAGUUGGAAAAAAGGGAAAACCACAAGACACUGGAACAAUACCAGCCAAGCUAAUCAAAGCAAGCUCUGUUCAAAAGAAAACGUUGAAUCCGAAAUGGAGUGAAAAAUUCCAGUUUACUGUUGAAGAUGUUCAACGAGACCAGUUUCACAUUGAUAUUUGGGACCAUGACGACGAAGAACAAUCGGUUCUUGAUGCGGUUUCCUCCUUGAAUCAGAUAACAGGAGGGUUUAAAGGGAUCGGAAGAUAUUUCAAAGAAGUCACACAAAGCGCUCGAGCUAAUUCCGAUGAUUGCACCGACGAUUUUCUUGGAUGCAUCAACAUGAAGCUCGCCGAAAUCCCGCCGGACGGUUUGGAGCAAUGGUUCACUCUUCAACCCCGUUCUGACAAGAGUAAAGUCAGCGGGCAGGUCAAACUCAAAAUUUGGCUGUCGACCAAAGAAGAAGGCCGAGCUGGAGAUGAGGAUGAAACAUUGGAUGUGAAAGAGCACAUCGAGCUGCUUCGCCAGUUUGCUCUGUACGAAAUUCGGCAAACUGGACAACCUGUGAGGUUUUGGGAUGGGGUCUACCCAGAGCGGGCAAUGAUUAUUCUUCGUCAACAUGCGAUUCAGGGAGAUCUCACAGAUGUUCAUCUAGCUAUGUGUCGGUGGUUGGCGUUCCAUUCGAUGAUUCACAUCGAUAUUUCAUUUUCACUGCUCUACAAAACCCUGCAGAAAAUCAUUGACAAAUGGCAACCAUUGACUCUUGAUAAGGAGGAAGAAGACAUGCUGACCGACUCGUUUUCAUCCUUCGAUUCUUACUGCAAACGAAUGAUGAUUGAACACAGAGAGAAGUUCACACCGAGCAAGAGGAACAGUGGUGAAGAAUUUUCUAGUCUAAUCAAAUGCAUGCGAGCGCUCCGUGAAUCUCCAUUCUAUCAAAAAUACCUACCAUACAAACGGCCAUUCCAUGCUCAUUUGGAGUCUCUAGUUGUGAAAAGUGCUGAAGACUUUAUAGAUCGGAGCAUCGAAUCAGUGCAAGACCCUGAUCCAUGCAAAGAACUUCUGCAACUACUGAACAUCGUGAACACCCAAUGUUCUCGGUUCCUGCAUUACGCUGCAGUUAUUCGUGAAGUUGCACGAAUUGAUUAUUCUCAACUCACAUUGAACACAUUCGAUCGGCUAUUGACUGAAUAUCUAACUUCCGAGCUUAUGAGCGAGAAGAAGAUGGAUCUCAAGUCUCAAAUGAGACUCUCAGCAGCUCAAGACCCUCCGAACGAGGAUGACUUGAUCGAUUUAAUGCGGAUUCAUAUGGCUUUCGUAGAGCUUCGCAACUAUAGGCUAGCUAAUAGAGUGAGAGUCCGUGAUGAAUCGGAGUGGUAUGCUAUUUUCAACAAAGGAAUCAAGAAAUUUCUAGAAGUUGCAAAGGAGAAAGCUCUCGCAAGGGUUCACCUGAGUUGCCAACUAGAUAUGCCUAUCUCAACAUCUUCUAACGAUAUGCGUCACUCUAGCAGUCAUAUAGACAUUUGUCAUAUUAUUGAACAGUUUACGGUGUUUUGGGAGCGUGUGGACAUCAACGAUGCCGGUUUGAAAAUCGAGUACACACGACAACUGGUUGACGUGAUUUGCGAAAUUGUCACAGUCUAUACACAGAAAAUAAUCUCUGGAUUGGAAGCGGAAGGAUUCACCCAAGAACUGCAAGCAUUCAUUCCAUCACAACUGUUGCAUUUGUUAUGUGCUGCGAUCAACAAUUGCGAACAAGUCCGUCGUAGUCUCAACAUCACAGAGAAACUUCACAUGGAUGACAUGUCUUUGGCGUAUGAACGCGACGCUAGUCGGCUUAACGGUAAUCAUAUGUGGAAAUCCGAAAUUGAAAAUCGCUUGGAAUCCUGCGAAAGCAACAUUUGUUCGGAAAUUGAUCGAAUCGUUGGACUACUAACUGAACGACGGCUGCCGCAAAUGAAGAAACACGUGUUUCAUCUUGCAUGGAGCCCAUCGGCUCAGCUUGUGGAAGACUCCUUAAAACCACUCACAGAUAUGUUGGACAUCGAACUAUCAUCUGUGCACAAAAACCUGCUUCAUCGGAAUUUCCUAAGAGUGAUGAGCGCACAAGUUUCAAUAGUUGUCAAGCUUCUUCGUGAAUGUGUGACAGAAAAUGUCGGAAUGGAGCCCGCUUUCUAUCACAGGCUUUUUGAAGCCUGGCACGUACUUGUCGAGUUUUUCCACGCUGGAGGAAAAGGAUUAUCUAUGGAUGCACUAGACACAAAUCCCGAGCACAUGAAACUUGUAAAAAUUCUCUCGUUAAAUCAAACUCCAACUGAGCAGCUGAUUGAGAAAUACUAUAAGGAUCUUUUGAAACAACAGAACGAAGUGAGCGAGUGUAAAUAUGGAAUUCUCAACGUCAGAGCAUAUUAUAAUGGAAAUGCACAGACACUAGUUCUUGAUAUUAUCGGAGCAAAACAAAUUAUUGCACUAGAUUCCAACGGACUUUCCGACCCAUUUGUCGUUAUUGAAAUCAUUCCGAAGUUCCGGUACCCGGCAGUUCCUGUCGUGAAGACUAAAGUUGUUUCAAAAUCUCUUAAUCCGAUAUUCGACGAAACUUUUGAAUUUCACAUUCCGCCAAAUCCACCAUCGACUGCUAUGCUUCACUUUACUGUCAUGGAUCAUGACUAUCUUAGGUCGAACGACUUUGCAGGAGAAGCUUUUCUUGAAUUGAAUGAUGUUCCCGGAUUCGGUGCCACUGGUGGAAGUACUCUACGUCAGUUCAACCUUAUCCUGAUACAACCAGUCUCCAAUACAAAAGAUGUGUUGGAUGUGCUAAACAGUCGCAAAGAAGACAAGGAUGCUGUGGAAUUUUUGAGAUCCAUUAGCACAGUCUAUUGACCAAUCAUACCUACUUAAUUAUGUUUAUAUUAUAAAUUUAUAAAUUCACCAAACGAGAAUUAAACGAAUAGUACUUUGUGAUGAGCUUACAAUUAUUAUAUUAUUCUAAACUGUUCACAAUAUUACAUGCAUUCAUCAUCCCUUUGUAACUUUUUUUUGUUCAUUUCAAAUGCAAAUACUUCAUUACAUACGCUUGGGCCUUUUCACAAUCUCUUCAUUUUCCAUUAAUGCGUAGUAGCUUUCGACCAAACUAGCUGAUCUCCCUGUGGUUUUUUCACUGAUCUCUUUUGUUUUAUCCUGACCCGACGUAAUUUUCUGGCAUCUCUCUUUUUGUACCCAUAAAAAUGUCCUGACGUAUAGAUGUGAAGUGGCAAUAUGCUGGUUGUGUUCCGUUUGAUGACGACAUUCGCUUUCCAGUUACCCACCUGCUUAUAAUUUUUCAUUGUCACGUGGAUAAACAUUUUCAUGCUGUU